AGAACCCAUUAUCGGCACAAGCUAAUCUUUCUAUAAAGGAGAAACUUCUCAAGAAUAUUUUCAUCGCAGGAUUAAAUCCCAAAAACCAGCUGAUGGCAGAAGAAUACGGAAAAAAACUUCCAUUAGAAGGUUUAGUAAAAUUGUUAACUAUAAAUGAAAUACGUGCUAAGUGUGAUCCACCUCCACCAUAUCACCCAUGA